AUGUUGGUUUAUUCUGUGACGAGUCGAACUAGCUUCGAUAUUUUAUUGGAAAUUCGACGAAAAAUAGAAGACGUGAAAAAAGUGGCCCAUGUGCCAGUGAUUGUGGUGGGGAACAAAGCUGAUAUGGCCCACGUCCGCCAAGUGACCCAGGACCAAGGACGUCUUCUAGCAAUUGACUUCGGCUGCCCGUUUAUGGAGCGUUCUCUUGUCUGCUGCAAUAUUGACCUAACACAGUUGGAGAGCUGCGCAAGGGAUCGGGUCGGCUGGCGGUCUAUCUGCGUCGCCGGAGUGACGCACUUUGUGGAGGAGAGACGAGGAGCGCUCGAGGUGAGGCGACGCCAGCGUCAUUUGCAACCUGCCAAUUCCGCACCGGGCAUGUUUACCUGCCACCUGUGCUCGAGAACUUGUCGUUCGCGGAUCGAACUGCUAUCUCAUUUGACAGCCCACAGAAGAUGGACGGAGAUGGAUGGACAGCGUCGUCGUCAGCAAUGA